AUGCUCAAUGUCGUCGAUGUCAUCAUCACUGCUCUCGAAGCCAAGAAGCUGCGGGCCAUGCUUGACAUGUUUACCUGCGUAUGUGGUACGUCGCACAUGAUUAGGCCUGUCAUGAUCUCUCGAGAAGCCCAAAGCAUUUUCAAAGAGAUAGACAACUUGUUAGAGAGAGAAGGAAUCAGGCUAAGCGAUAUCAUAUCAAACAGCACCAAGGAGGUGAAGACACUCGUGGAGGAAGAUGACUCAUGGGCUAUCGAGAUCCUGCGAGGAAGAGGCGAGGUUCACAAGAACACUCAGUUCAUCAUGGAUUGCAUAGUAUCCAUGAAGAAUGCACGAACAUCAAUGCACAACUCUGCACCGAGCCACAACAGUGAAAACCUGGAUGGCCUGAUCGAUAUCAAUUAUCUGGAGGAUCUGCUUCUGAGAAAAUCAUGGUUGCUCUCAGAUCCAAGCCUCAGGAAGUACAUGGAUAGUUAUCUCGAAUUUUCUUGGGGACAUGUGCUCUCCUGCAUACCAAAAUCGAGAUCUCCUGGAUUGAUCCAUCGUUUGAUCAACACCUUUUCGCUGGCCAAAUUCCUGUCGGCAUUUCACGAAAUGUACCAGGCUCAAAAGUUCUGGAAGGUUCCAGACCCUCGGCUCAGAGAUGCAAUGCGGAGAGCUAUCAUUGAGAGAGUCAUUACAGGUUACCGCAACUACCUGGAGGAGCAUCUGGAGCUAGAGAAACAUGUUAGCCGUGAAAGCAGCAGUCUAGAAGUUCUGGAGGAGAUGUUGGGAUUUGAAGGCUGA